CUCAGUGUGUGCUUUCCAUGUCGACACCGAUCGUUUUUACUUACCUCCCUUUGUUUACACGAAUUCCGAAAUUCCGGAAGAGAUUUUUAUUUUAAAUCGCCGGCAUUUAUCAGAGUGCAGGCACUAAGUAUUCAUGGUUGACGUUCAGAAACCAGUAGCACAGCUAGUGGAAUCAUCUGAUGAAGCUAAAGCUGCAAUAUCAUCAGGCCUGGCCUCCCUCCUUAUCCCUGAAAUGUCUAUCUCCGGUCUCAUCAGUACAGUGGCUGCUCUAGCCAUGGUAUUUGGUGGUGUGUUUCCAUUCAUACCACAGUACAGAGAUAUCUACAGAUCUCAGAAUGCGGAAGGAUUCUCAUUGUUUGUUUGUCUCAAUCUACUCAUUGCAAAUAUACUCAGAAUUCUGUUUUGGUUUGGUAAACAUUUUGAGAUGCCAUUGUUACUACAGAGUAUUAUAAUGACAUUUACAAUGCUUGCACUGACACAUUUAUGUGUAACUGUAAAACACAAGUCAGAGAUUAUUAAAGCUAAGCAGCAUAAUUUUACGGAUACUACAACAAAUUAUAGGUUCCUGGAUUUUGAGGUAGAACAUUUUUGGAAGUGGUCAAGUUUUGAUAGUUAUAUACAGUUCACUGUGACAUUUACAGCAUUUAUGGGAUUAUUGACUUAUAUAUUCCUGGACAACUGGGUGUUUAUAGAAACAGUUGGAUUUUUAGCAGUGUUUGCCGAGGCAAUGCUCGGUGCUCCACAGUUCUAUAGAAAUUUUCAGAACAAAUCUACCAAAGGCAUGAGUAAGAAGAUGGUGGCAAUGUGGACAUGUGGUGAUGUGUUUAAGACUUGCUAUUUUGUGAUAAGGAAUGCGCCGGCACAGUUCUGGAUCUGUGGCUCUCUUCAAGUGAUGAUUGACAUUUCUAUAUUUUUACAAGUUUAUUUCUACAGGAACUUGGUACCAAAACCUGCAUUUAGCUAGUCUGUGUGGAACUAUAUUAUCUUUUUUUGUGCAAAUUUUACUGGAAAUUUGUAUGUCUGUGAAAAAUUAACUAAAAGGUGACUAUUUAUUUAUUGUGACAUUGUAAUAUAUUAAUUUAGUUUCUACAAUUUAAAGUUACAAAUUUGAAAUAUAAGUUUUAAACAUUCGGCCAUUUGAACAUUUGCAAGUAGUUCUUCAAUUGGCAGUUGGUCUGUCUAUUGUUCUGUUAAUACAACAAAAAAGUUGUUUUUUGAAUGUUAAAAUAUUAUUGGUUUAAAAAUAGGAAUGUGUUCCUUGGCUUUUGUGAUUUUAACUGGUAAAUGUUUGAUCAUAUCGGAUGUUAGAAUGUAUACAAUAUUAGUUUUAGAAUGUAACAACUUGAGAGGGUUUUAUGUUUGUAUGUACUAGUCCAUAGAAUAAUACAGUGUCAUAACCUGAGAAAAGGUAAAUAUUUGUUUUAAGGUGCAAAAACUAUAAAACCAUUGUUUAAAAAAAGUGCUUUAAUUGCCUUUGAAUAUGUUUUUCUGAUAAAAUUAUUAAUCAGGGUGUGAUAAUAUUAGUUUAUCUUUUUUAUGCUGACUUAGCUUGUUUCCAAAUACAUACAUUAGACAUUGUUCUUUUCAUGGAAAAUGUUGAUAUUUCUUGUAAAUGUUUAUGUUUCUUGUAAAGUUUAAUGAAAGUUAGAAAAUCAGAUUUUUUUAUUACAUGACUAAAUGAAAAUAAUUGUUGCAGGUUAUAAAAGUGAUGUUCAUCAAGGCUUUAAUUACAGGUAAUUAAAGACAUAUAAUUAUUCUUGAAUUGCUACCCAAACUAUAUGCACUAUAAA